AUGGCUAACGGAGAGGAUUCUAAUGCUGAACUAAAUAAAAUAUCUGACAGCGAGAAGGAGAAUACCGUUUUAGAUCCACCAAUCCCCGGCGGUGAGACGCAGUCGGAACCAAACGAGGAAUCGUCAGACGAAGACUCAGCAAAUAAUAACGAUACUAUGGGAUGCACAACAUCAACAAAAGCAAAAGAUGCCAUGGAUACAGAAAAUCAACCUGUAGAAAAUUCAAAUCAAAGAAAAAUCGACGACUAUUUCUCACCACAAGGAAAGAAGGGUCCGACUAACAGAAAGUCGUCACCGAUGCAAAUGGAUGUUGACAGCGAUGGAGACCACGCUCGUAAUAGACCACAAUCAAGUGGUUCUCGGCGAAAGUUUAGUGAUGAUGAUGAUGAUGAAUCUAGCAAACGAUCGUCUAGUCGUGGCACACGUGCGUCCCGUCCAUUAUCUCCAAUUCGCAUGAAAUUUGAAGAUUCUGACGAUGAUGAAGAUUCACGUUUUGUUUCAUAUUCCAAACAAGAUAUAUUAGAAUAUCGUAAUCAUUAUCCACGCGCAAAAUCCAAUAAGGCAUUAAAAGAUAAUGUCCAGUUUUAUAAAAAUUCAAUGCCUUCGUAUCCAGAUGGAGAUUAUAUUGAUAAUAUUCAUAAACAGUGGCGUGACGAUUACCGAAAAUUAGAAUUCCAUCAUGGUUUUAUUCAAUGGUUAUUUCCCUUACAAGAACAAGGACUCAAUUGGUCAGCACAACCAUUGCAAAAGCAUGAAAUUGAAGCAAUAAAGAGCGACCCUAAAGCAUUAAAACGACUUCUCGAAUCCUACAGAAUGAUGCUCGGAUUCUAUGGUUUUGAAUUAGUUGAUGAACAAUCAGGUCAAAUACGUCGUUUGAGAGGUGAUAAUUACAAAUCACGUUUUCGUAAUCUUAACACAUCCUCACAUAAUUAUCUUCGCAUAACUCGCAUAUUAAAAUGUUUGGGCGAAUUCGAUUAUGAACAUUUAAAAUUUCCCUUUCUCGAAAGAGUUCUCUAUGAAAGUAUUAUUGAAAAUACGUUACCGAAUUGUCUCCGAUCGUGCAAAGAUUAUUGGAUCGAAACCUUACGCGAUCAAGGCGAACGACGUGCUAUUCGUAUGUAUGCAAGAGAAUUAAUAGAGUAUCGAAAUAAAGGAGUAUCACCACCAAAAUGUCAUCGUGCUCAGCGACCUGCACCAAAAUCACCAAUGAACAAAUCUAGCGGAGCGUCGUCCCGACCAAGAGGAGGUUCCGCUGGUAAUCUGAACAGCUAG